CGGGGCGGCGAUCGUGGCUGCAGACGCGGCCGCAGCGGCCGUGGACGCCCUCGCCUCGGCCCCGCACCCGGGCGCGGCCGCGCUGACUCGGACGCCGGAGCCAACAGACCUCGCUCCGGCAGUCGCUGAGCUGGCAUGCCACCUGGACGCGAUCGCGCCCCCCGAGCCCGCCGCCGCGCUCGUCAUGUGCCUGGGGCGCGCGCUGGCGCUCCAGGCCGCGGCGCCGCUCGCGGCGGCGCUGUCGUUUUUGCCUCUGGCCGCGGCCCGCACUGGCACUGCCAGUGGGGGCUGUUGGCAGGCGUGGGGCCCGCUUCUCGCGUCCAUGGCCGCUGCAGGGACAGAGGGCGGCGCGGCCUCCCUCGGGCCGCGACCGGCGUCACCCGAUGGUGAUGUCACCGGUGACGAGCUGGUGGGCGUUGAGGAGCUGGUGGCAGCCAUGAUCGUCGUUUGCGAGGCCGCGAUGACAUCACUAGUGGCUGCCAGCACCCCAAUCGACAUCAAUGAGGUCCCUGGCGGCGCCGCCUCUACCAAGGCCGCAGCCACUGCAGGCAGCCGCCCCACAUCAGCCGUCCGCGCGCGCUCCGCCUCGCUCGCCGCCGCGGCGCUGCUCUGCUGGGCAAACGAGGCCGGCGUCGGCGCCGGCGCCGGCGCGGGCUCCGGUGGCGCCGCCAGGAGGCGGCUGGCCGAGGCAGGUGCGGCGCUGGCGGCGGCGGCGGGCGCGCCGCACUCGGUCGUCGAAGAUGUCGCGCAGCAGUGGCGCCUGGCUGAACCCGGCGGGCCCGGCGCGCGUGCGUUGGCAGCCGGAUGGCGCCUUGCCCACGGGCUGGAUCAUGCGUCGUUACUGAGCGAGCCGUCUGCAGCUGCCGCCGUGCGGGCGCCCGCGGCCGCCGGGCUGCCGCGGCCGGCCGCGGCGCCCCUGCCUCAUCAGGCGCCGCUGGCGGCGCAGCAGCAGGAGCAAGAGUGGCAGCAAGAGCAAGAGGAGCAGCGGGAGGCGCGGGGACGCGGGCAGGAGCAGGCGCCGGCGCAGGAGAGUCGCGAAACACAGGAGGAGGUGCAGCCGGCGCCUGCAGACAUCAGGCCGGCCGCCGCCGACGCUGUCGACGCUGACGAGGCGGGCGCCGCGCUGGACGAUCUGGUCGGCGAGAUCUGCGACGCAUCUGACCGGCUCUGCCGCCGCCUGGCGCGCGACGCCGCCGCCCUGCUCGGCCGCGGUCCGGAGGACGCAACGGCUGCUGCCUCCGCUGGUUGCGGCGGCGGCGGCGUGGGUGAGGCAGCGGGCGGCGUGCAGCAGGGGACGCGUCCGGAGCAGCCGCAGGGGCGGGGCGAGAGGGGGCCGUUUGCGGACGCGUCGGAGCUGCGCCUGCAUUUCAAGGCGCUCGCGCACACCGCGCCCGACGCGUCCGCGGCGCGCGCGCGGCUGCUGCCGCUGCGGGCGGCGCUCGCGAGUAUAGAAGGGGUGGCCGGGGGCCUGGGGCCGCCGGCGGGGGCGGAGGCAGCAGAAGGGGGUGUUCCCGGGGGCUGCGAAGUGACUCUCGAUGAGAUGCUGUGGCAGCAAGGAGAAGAAGACGCAGACACAGUCGGCGCCACGCCGCCGCCGCCGGCGCGGCUGCUGGCGGUGGCGCUGGGGCUGCUGCCAGGCUGCGCGGCCGCGACGGCGGCGGCGCGGUCGCGGCUCGCGCGCGCCGCUGCCGCGGGCUGCUGCGCACAGGGGGCGGCCGCCGCAGGGGGCGGGGCGAGUUUGCACGCGCCGGAGGUCGUCGACGGCGCCGCUUUGGCUGGCACCCGCGCGCACGCAGUGCGCCUGUGCCCUCCGAGGGCGCCUGAGAGCCUUGGACGGCGGCGCAGCGGCGCGGCGGGCCGGCCGUCCGGCUCGACAGGCGAGACCGCCGCCGCGGCCCCGGCCGCGCGAGCGGAUGAAAGGGCAAAGGGGAGCAGCAACCUUGAAACACGGAAGUCUGCGGCGGCGGCGACCCCGAAUGCCGCGCCGCUGGCGCCGCCCCUGCCCGGGGCGGCGCUCGAAUUGGUUGCUGAUGCGCCCACCACUCCGCACGCCUCGGCCCCCGCUGCCCCGGCCUCAGCCGACGCUGAAGGCAACAACGCGGCUCCCACGGAGGCGGCCAUAGGCAGGCGCCCCACCCAGCAACUAGAGGCGCCCCCGACGCGCCCGGCAGGUGUACCGCAGGGCAGCGAGCUGUGGGCGGCCCUGGAGGGGCU